AUGCCACAUGUUGAAAUUGUCUUUAACCAAUUACAAAAAGUAUGCACCGAUUCUGUUAAGGUCAAAAAUGAUUUAGAGAAUUUUGAAGCAGCAAUUCAAACUAUACGAGAACAAAUGGAUAGCUUUAUUGACGAGAUUGAACGAGUGCACAGAGAAACUGAUGAACCGCCAAGAAAAAAAAGGCAAGUUGAAGAAGGCAGCAAAAAACGGGAAGCGUUAUAA